UGUCGUACGCCUUGAACGUCUUUCUUAUGCUAACCCAAUUAUCGUGGGUAAAGUGUUACGAAUUAUCGUAUUGCGACGAUGAAAACAAACGACAAUUAGAAUAUUCUAUCGAAAGGAUUGAACCAUAUCCAAUCAAUAGUAAAGAGCCAUUUACUAUUUGGGGAACUGUGAAUUUUCUAAAAGAGGUGCCGUGCAGUGCUUUAUUUCUUUUAACUGCGGUAAAAUCCGGCGAAGACAAGAGCAAAUGCGAUAAGAACCUGACAAUAUCUAUGUCGCAGGCUUUCGAAAUGAUGAAGAAAUGUAUGGGUGAUAAAAAUACCAAAUACUUUUGCAUCAAAGAUCCAUCUGAUUUUGGUAAGUUUAUGACAAAUUCAAACAAGCCUCCUUAUGUUGAAGCGGGACCAAUAGACGGCUGCCUCACUAUACCCAAACUUCUUCCACCGGGACUCUACGACAUUUAUUUGGAAUUACUAGUAUCGACACACGAGGUUAUAUUUUGCUAUAAAUUUCAAGAAAUGGAAUUAAAAUAAAUGUAUAUUCUUGUUUCCAAGAAUAAAGUAACUUGACACUGCA